GCCAAUCCCAUGCACGCGCAGCGUUUUGAGCACGGGCCAGUGGCGCGGCCGGCCGGCCGUCGCCCGCCAUCUCUGGCCUUGGUGCUGCUCGCUCCAUUGCUGCUGCUAGUGUGCAUUGCGCCCUUUCUCUAUAUGCAGCUCCCCGCGGGCGAGAGAAGCGCAUCGCAUCUCUUGCGGCCCCACGUCGCCCUCAACGUGCCGACGUACAGUCCAUCGACCUUCCAGGCGCAAUCGGCAUCCACCGGCGCCGGCAUUGUCAUUCCGCUGCACAACAAUAUGGCCGCACUGGGCGUCUCGCUCAUUCUUGAGCUUCGGCGACUUAAUUCGACGCUCCCGAUCCAGAUCUACCACUGCUUCUCUGGCGAGCUCGUGGACGAGACGCAGGCGCUCCUGCGGGCGACCGAUCCGCUCGGCCGCGUCGAGAUUGUUGACGUUUGUGCGCUUCUUCUGGCCAACGGAGUGUUCCCGAGUCACUGGAUCGCGCUCGAGUACCAGAGCUACUUGAUCAAGGUCCUUUCGCUCCUCCACACGUCGUUCGACCAAGUCAUGCUUCUGGACGCGGACGUCAUCUUCUUGGAGUCGCCGGAUACGCUCUGGACCAUGCCCGGGUACAACCAAACCGGUACCCUCUUCUUUUACGACCGGCAGAUUCAUGUGCCCGCCUUCUUCAACACGCCAAUGACGCAGCCCAAGCGACCUGGUAGUCGGAAGAAGACACUCUUGCAUCACUUGUUCCAGCACUUUCCAUACAGUGCGUUCGGCUUGCGCCAGCCCCAUCUCUCGAGCCAAUUGCGCGCGUCAAGCGCGUGGCAGGGCAAAACAGCCCACGAGCAAGACUCGUCGAUCGUUUUGAUCCACAAGACACGCGUCGCCCCCGUCGUGUGGCAAGUGCUCUGGCACUUGGUGCACCACCUCCGCUUUGAGUGCGCGUACAAACCCGGUCUUUCGUGGGGCGACAAGGAGUACUUUUGGCUGGCCUUUGCCCUUGCCGACGCCCCGUACGCCUUUUCGCCGUUUGCGGCCGCCAACGUGGCGCUGCCAGAAGACAUGCGUCUGCACAACGACACGCUCUGCGGUAGCCUCGCGCACUACUUGCCCAUCGAGACCGAGACAGAUGCGACCCGACUGCUCUACAUUAAUGGCAACGACGUGCUCUCGCCGUACUGGCGGGCAUCGAAACAGUACGCAGUCGCUCCGAAUGCGUCGUGGAACGAGAAGGAAGCCUUCUUGAUCGACCGCAUUCCAUCGCACGUGACGCCGCGGCGCACCCAAAGAAGCGAAGAAGCGCGUCGUGCCGGCUUGAACGAGGCGUGCUUGGUCGGCCAGGGUGCCCGCCACAUGACCGACCCACGGUUUCGACCACAGCUGGUCCAGCGUAUUCAAGACACCAUUGCAGCGGCGCGGAUCGUCCAAACCAAACCGCCCAACAACUGGGACGCUGUCGCGGCCCGGCAAGGCUCCCCGCGCGCAUAAACCAGCAGUGAAAUGGCCCUUGGCGCCAAUGUUCUUCCGUCAACAAGCUCAUUCACGUGAUGCGUCCAAGAGUGACCCACCGCUCCUAGUAUGGAAUGCAACAAAUAAGAGCUGAGAGCAUCCAA